CAUUCUGUACCAAGGGGCAGGGGAAAGAAGAAGGGGCUUUACUUGUCCUUUUUUUUUUUGUUUUUCCUUUCUUUCUUCAACAUUUUAAUUUAAAUUAGAUGGAAUCAUUAAAGACAAAGAAAGAUUAUGAAAAAAGGAUAAAUCAAAUAAACAGUUGGUUUGAUCAACUAUUGACCAGUAAAGUUUCUACUGUAAUUCCUACUUCUCAACCACAGCCAAAGAAGGGUUUAAAAUAUGUUGUCUUGGAAUCAUUUUGGUUUAGAUUGUUCAUUAUUUUUUAUGUCUUAUUUUCAAUCUUUUUGACUUCAGCUCAUUUUUUGUCUUGGUUAUUAUCAGCAGAAACAAAAUGGCAAUACCAACGUACCUAUGAUUCUGAUGAACCUUAUUCUUUAAUCAGUAACAUGUCACAUGGACUAAAAAUGUCAAAAAUGUUUUCACAAGGUCAUUAUAAUGCACUUACAAAUAUUGAACCAUAUUGGUUAAAAGCAAAUCAAGUACCUAAUCCGAUGGAUGUCACUUUCUAUACUACAGUUACGCCUAAUACAUGGAGAGAUUUAGCUGAAUUAGCCAAUAAUUGGGAAGGUCCCAUUUCUGCCACUUUACACGUAUCGACAAAUGAAAAAGAGACAAUAAAAAGCAAAAUGGAAUAUGAGUACAAGACUAAGCCUGAGUUAUUUCGUCAUGUUGAUAUUCAUUUAAUUGAAACACCAGAGAGAAUCGAAAAAGGAGCUUCAAUCAUAGUGCCUCUUAAUGUAGAAAGAAAUUUAGCACGCAUCUACGCUAGAACACGUUAUAUAGCUGAGAUACCUACAAAUGUCUUUUUGAAUUCUGACUUUCAUCAAAACUGGAUACAAAACAAAAAGGAAUAUACCCAUUUAUUAAGUCAAGGCGAUAUGCUUGUAAUACCUUUAUUUAAAAUGAUGAAUGAUAGUAAGAUACCACCAACAAUUAAAAACGAACUAUUAGCAGAUAAUAAUAUCGCUUUGCAUUACACUCACUUUGAAUUAAAUGAUGGACCUACAGAAAUUGAAAAAUGGAAAGAAGCUCAAGAUAUCUAUAAAGUAACUCAAUAUAGAAUGGAUUAUGAACCUAUUGUAAUUCAAAGUAAAGAUACUCAAUCAUGGUGCUCUGAACGAUUUGUAUACAAAAAAUCAGCAUGUCUUCUUCCCAGUUAUUUUGCAGGAAAUAAUUUCUUCGUUCUACCUAACGAUUUUGCAAUUCAAAAGCCAGAGCAUGAACAAAUGACUGCGAUAUCCUAUUUAGACAAGGUAAUUGAAAAAAGAUUAUAUGCAAAAUUUUAUUGGGAACAAUGUGUUUUUCAAGGAAGACAACUGGAUGCAUUAAAUUUAUGGGAAACAAAAAAGUCGGCACAUAUUAGACAACAGUGUUCAAGAGUAAUUCAGAAUUGGGAUUCUUAUCAGCAAUCAAUGCAUUCAGAUAGAUUCCCACAUUUCGUUCAAGACAAUAAUAAAACAACAAAUUAUACCAAUACAAAAUUCAGUUCAAUUGGUUAUGAUGAACGUGAAAAGAGAACUUAUGAACUUAUCGUUUGUCAGCAACCACUUCAUGCUCGUAUGUGUGGAUUUGGUGAAAAAGAUAGAAGACCUAUCGAUCCACCACCUAUUGUUCAAUUAAUUGUUAGACAGGAAGGACAAGAUAUGCCUGUGGAUGUACAAACUCUUCAAAUACCCUUUUUCGUACUUCAUGUCACUCUAUGGUCGGAUGAUCGUUCAGAAGAACGUAAUAUCAUUUCGAAUCCACCAAAGUGUACGAGAGUCUUGAUGGGUUCACUUGUUAGUUCACCAAGUCUAUUAAAAAAUCCACAGGGUGAACAAGGACUUUAUUUUGCUUUUCCUGACUUGAGUAUUCGUACGGAAGGCCGUUACACAUUGCGUUUCAGUUUAAUGAAACUAGUCAACUCUGAUUUUCAAGAGAAUGCAAAAUCGAAAAUUGUAGCUCAGGUAUUCUCUGAUCCAUUUACAGUCUAUUCGGCAAAGAAGUUCCCGGGAAUGACAGAAUCUACUGAAUUAUCUAAAACUUUUGCAAAACAAGGUCUAAAGAUUCCUAUUCGUAAUGAUGUUCGUGCAAGAAAGACAGAAUAAAGUGUAUUAUUUUUUUGAAUAGUUAGACAAAAGAUAGUAUAUAAUAUUAGCAAUAUGUUCAUUACCAUAUCUACGCCCAUUUUCCCUGUAUCCCUUUAUUCUAUCUAUCAGU